AUGGAUCUCGACAAUGCACUAAGGACUGAGAAAUCCACUUCCACUCAGGAAACUCCAAACACGGAUAAAAUUGAGAAGUGGGAACGCUCAAAUCGCAUGUGUCUGAUGAUCAUGAAACGUUGCGUUCCGGAGGCGUUUAGGGGCUCAAUUGUUGAGACUACUGAUGCCAAGUUGUUUCUGAAGGAACUCGAGCAAUACUUUGCUCGAAAUGAAAAGGCUGAAUUUGGUCAAACCUUGUCCAAAUUCAUAAACAUGAGGUAUAAAAGAAAGGGAAACAUAAGGGAGUACAUUAUGGAAAUGUCUAAUCUUGCUGGAAAACUAAAGGCAUUAAACUUAGAGCUGCCCUCUGAGUUGCUCAUGUACUUAGUUAUUAUCUCUCUUCCUGCACAAUAUAGUCAAUUUGUG